GCCCUUGGGGGGGGGCGAAGCGCCCACGGCGGCCCUGCAACCCUGGCGCGCAGCCCGCGCAACAUGCGCCGAGCUCUCGCCGCGCUCUUGCUGGGAGGAGUUCACGGAGGGGCGCCAGGAGCCGAGCAGGAGAACCGCACAGCGCAGGUGCUGCUGCAACGCCUCGUCAUCAAGGCGGACGAGCACUUCCCGGGUUUGGGCGUGGAGCCCACGCUCUUCCAGGGCGAGGUGCGGCCCGGCUUCCGAUGCGAUGAGCCAGGCGGCGAGGGCCAGGCGGAGGAUCUGGCCAGCAUGGCGUUUCGAAAGCUGGAGUUUUCCAUCCUGCCUCAGUCUAGCAGCCUGGCCUCGGUGCUUGGCCUCGCGGAGGCGCCGGAGGCGCCUGGGAGCCUCUGGGUCACCGAGGCCAAGGUGGCGGUGGUGGGGGGUACGGAGCUGCCGCUGCUGACGGCAGCUUUGGACCUGGCGCCGGCGACAGAUGGUUCGCUGGAGGUCUCGGAGAAUGACCAGUUCGAGAACGAAGUGACGCUGAACUAUGACUGCUGGCAGCCAGGUGGCGCGCUAGUCCAGCUGCACUUGCGUCUGGCGGACGACUUAGGCAGCUCUGCCCAGGUGUGCCUGGCCUGGCGCAAGGUCUGCGGCAAAGGCUUCGAGGGCCUGGAGGUGCGCCACGGCGAGUGGCAGAUCCUCCCGGAGCCGGAGACGGCCGCGAAGCCGCCCCUGCUCGCGCCGGAAGGCGUCUUGGAGGACGUGACGAAGCUGCAGCUCCGCGCCAGCGGCGCCCUGCGCCUGAAGAUGCCCCGGGCCUCCUCGAGCUCCGAGAUGCUCAAGGUCGAAAUCCGGGGCCCGCUGAUGGAGACGGAGGCCAUUGAGGUGAGCCCCGAAGAGACGGCCGAGAUCUCGGUGGUCUACCGCUGCCUGGGGGAGGGCGUCGCGGACGUGGAGCUGGCGCUGGAGCACGCGGUGCUCUCCACAAGCCACGCCCCGGAGGUGCUGCACCUGCAUUGGCGCAAGCACUGCGGGGAUGACGAGGUCUAUAGGUUCCUGGACAUCUUCCUGAAGGGGGACAUGAAUCUCUCCAAGACCCAGGCGGUGUCCCAGGGUGUCGCGCUUCCCGGCUUUGCGCAUUGCCGCAAGAGGACGGGAAGUGCUGUGGACGGCACCAGGCCUUUGACCCCGGAGUGCGAGGCCGCGAAGCCGGCGCUGGAGAUCCCGGCAAAGGACGGGAAGACCACCGUGGAGCUGAAGCUGGCCGCCGAAGGGCAGAUGCUGCCCCCAGCGCUGCAGCACCAGCCGGAUCUGUCGUUUGACCGCAAGAUCCUGCGCGCCUACGUGAUGCAGCCGCUGGAUCUCUUCCGUCCGCGGGGCAAGGUGGCGAACCCCUCUCAGCUGCGAGCUACCUCGCAGAAUAUGGUCGUUCGCUACAGUUGCCACAAGGCCGGCGUGAGCCUCGUGGUCGUCACAAUCUACAUCUUGAAGCACAAGCCCAUCGACUUUGCUUGGCAGAAGCGCUGCGCUGAGCCCAAGGCGAAGGUGGGCAAGGCCCUCACGGCGCCCCAGGCCAUGACCUUCGCAUUCUUGGUGUGCGGCCUGAUCGGCUUGGUGGUGUGCAUGGUGUGCCUCUUCUGCAGCAGCAACCAUCAGGAGAAGCAGAUGCUCUUCCAAGGCGGACGGAGAGGCCCCAAGGGCGGCCGCAACAUCGAGUUCCAGGCGAUCGGUGCCGCGGAGGACGAGAUCGUCUUCCACUCCUGAGGCCUCGGUGCAGCAGAGCGCAGUCCAGUGGUCGAAGGAAAA